CCGCAGUACUUCAAGUUGAGUACAAAAGGAUCGGUGUCUUUCCUCCCGAACUGUCUGUCAAUUAUGUCCCUCACCACUAUACCUCUGGCUCUCCUUGACUGCAUCAAUCUUGGUAUUUCUCUCGAAAAUAGCGCAGCUCCCUCCUGGAACAUCCAAACAAUGGACCGCCGUUCAGACGACUGUCGAGAUACCGUCUCCGCACACCCUUGCAUUACGGUCAGCUUGGUGAGGAACGGCACUCUUGAUAGCAUUCAGAUCCGCACGUCACUGCCUCCGUCGUGUUCUCCAAAUGGUGAUAGACAAAAUGUUCACGGAACGACAAGUGUGGUGUUGAAUAACAUCCACGAUCCCCGGCACAAUUAUGGAAACCUCGACAGCAGCGAUAGCGUCAUAGAGACUCACCCAGACAGCGCAGUCCCUACCUUUGAUGGGAUCGCAUGCGACCUACCUCAUGGUGAUCUUCUAGCAAACUCCGAGCCCUUCUACGACAUGGCGAAUAUCUACGUACCCUCUCAAGUAGCACUGGAACCGUCUACCGACGACGAUCUGCAAAUUUCUACACCAUCGUUGUCGCACCCCGUCAUCUCCAACGAACCUAUCAUGUCAGAUCGUACCCACACAUCGCCCUCAUUAGAUAUGACGACAUUCGCAAUGAUUUCCGCUUUCGAUGAAGGUUCAGCAUCUCCUUGGAGCUUGAACAACGUAUCGAACACGCAGUAUACUACCCUUGAUCAGUGCUAUGCUAGUGCUGAGCCAGCUGUUUCCGAUGAAUGGCUGUCUUUCUCAAGUCCGCAAGCCGGUUCAUCCUCGUCAUCUAUCGCUCCGUCCCCCUCAUCAUCUGCACCUGGCGAUGACUCCACCACUUCCUCAUCGCCGAAUGUCAUUUCUACUAGUCGCCAGCGCCGUCUCCAGUGUUUAGACCCAUCGUGUACCCGCAAAUUUGCGAACGAAUACACCCGAAAGGUGCAUAUGGGCUCUCAUCUACCCAAGCGGCGGUAUAUUUGCCGCGAAGGUUGUUCCGCGGAGUUUUCUCGUCUUCACGAUCGUUUGCGACAUGAAGCGGGAAAACACAAUCAGCUCACGGAGUGGUUCUGCUUCACGUGUCUGCGCCCUUUCUCCUCGAAAAAGUCGUUGAAUAGGCACACUUGUACCGGUACCGUCCUUACCGGGCUAGGUUCGAACGAUAACGAUCAGAAGGAUCGGGAGUUGAAUGCGUAG